UGCUGUAUUUAGCGUGCCCACCCGUACUCGUCCGCCAGGUGGUGCGCAAUGCAUGGGGUCUGGCCUGAAUCGCCGCUUGGCGUUCCAGCCUCGACGUCCGGCUUGACUAGCUAGCUCUUCAACAUGGAGGCUACGACUCCGCCGUCGCGUCCUUGCACUCCCGCAUCCUCUCCUCCGCACCUCCAAUGCCCUCGCGCGCCGCCCGGCAUGCCUCCAUCGCCAUGAGCCAUGCCCUCCGCUGACCGGCCGCCAUGAACCCGCCCCUGCCCGCGUCCACCUCGUCGUCCACGCCCUCGACCGCCUCGCGCCGCGUCCCGCUCGACAAACGGAAGCGCACCGAGACCAGCUGCGACAAGUGCAAGUCGCGCAAGCAGAAGUGCAGGAAGGAGCCCGGCCAGGAUGCCUGCCGCUACUGCAUGGUCAACGGCAUCGCGUGCCAGACGACGCAGCCGCGCAAGAAGCGGCUGUACGGCAGCGUCGAGGGCCUGGGCAACCGGCUGGCGCUGCUGGAGGCGCUGGUGAAGGGCCUGCUCCCCGAGGCCGACCUGUCCAGCGUGGACGAGCUGCGCCAGCUGGCCGUCUCGCUGGGCAUCCAGCUCCCCGACCGCGCGCUCGACGGCCCCCCCGGCGGCGACGCGAAGAAGGAGGAGGCGCUCUCGCUGCUGCCCGACCAGCAGGGCCAGGUGCAGUACAUUGGCCCGGCGAGCUCCUUCUCGUUCCACCUCAAGCUGCGCGCGCUGCUGGGCCAGAGCACCAUCCGCCAGUCCGUUCUGUUUGGACGGAACGCCGCCGACCAAGAGCUCAUGCACGGGAAGAGCGGCGUCUCGAGCAUCGACGGCAGCUCGCCCGGCGGCCCGCGUGCGACCGCGCCUGCAACGCCGACCUUCGAGGCGCUGCUCGCCGCCUACUUUGCCCACGUCCACCGCGACUUUCCCGUCCUCCACGAAGCCUCGUUCCGCGACGCCUACGAGCGGUGGAUAGUCGACCCGGGCAAGGCCGACCCUGCGUGGCUGUGCGGCUUCCUGUGCGUCCUGCUGCUCUCGCGCCGCGUUGCCCGCCUGCCCGUGCCCGAGGACGAAGAGCGGCUCUGGUGGCGGCGCACGCAGACGCUCCUGCCCGUCGUGGCAUUCACCUCCAGCGUCCACGCAGUCCAGGCGCUUGUGCUCGCAGCCCUGCAUCUGCACAAUACAAACCAUCGGGACGCCUGCUGGAAUCUUACCGGCACCGCAAUCCGCAUCGCAUUCGCCAUCGGCCUCCACCAGGACAAUGUCAACGCGACGCAGAACCAGCCGACGACGGAGCUUCGGAAGCGCCUGUGGUGGACGCUGUACGCUUUCGAGCAGAUGCAGCUGUCCUCGUACGACCGCCCAAGCGCGAUAGAGCAUCCUGCGCCGAGAGUUGAUUGCCCCAACGAACAGAUCCUCGGAGCGGACCAUUUCUGUCCGCCCGAUUACAGCAAAUGCUUCAACCGCCUGGUGGUGCACUUAGCCGCCGCCUGUCGUGCGCCAAAGCAUGCGGGAACGAGUGCGAUUGAGGAGGCGUAUGUGAGCCCGCUCUCGCCCGCAGCCGGCGUCCUCAGGGACCUGGAGCGGUGGAAAGGAGACCUUCCGCAAUCCUUGCGCCUGGAGGCACUCGACUCCUCCCCGCCUGCCUUUCGGCGGCCUCUUCUCCUCCUCCACGCCCUGUAUCACUACACUGUUACCGUGCUAUGCCGCACCGCUCUGCUUGCGCGUGCUACCGCUCUGUCCAAGAGCGGCAAGGACUCAACGAAUACAGCUCUCACGAGCAUGGCAGAUGCGUGUAUUGAGUCCGGGCAGGCCCUCGCAAGCAUCCUGCUGCAGCUCGAUGCUAUCGGCAAAUUCGACCCCAUCACCUGGUUCGACUGCUGGUAUGCGCUGCAAUCCGCCACAAUGCUCCUCCUCGAUCUCGUCUGCACGAAGAAGAGGACCGGCAACCAUGUGUCUUAUUCCCGCCUUCUCCUCUCACAGCUUGCAGACUUAACGCACCGGCACCUACAAAAUCCCCACAUACCCGGCACACUGAAGAAAUUCGCCUCCAUGGUCCCCGAACUGCAUUCCAUGGCGAACUCCAUGAACGCUACGCCAAUAGCGAAACCGGAAGCGCAGCCCGGCUCGGCCCCGGCUCACGAUCCUCUGCAGCCCUCACCGCAGCCCCCUUCACCGGCGCCUCCGCAGAUAGCUCCCUUCGGCUUCCAUCAAUCUACGACGAAUAGCGGCUCCUACGUAUUUGUCGAUAAUAUUACAGGCCGCUACUUCCCGGACAUGGCCAGCUUGGGGAAUGGGGUAGAGUAUCCGAACACCAGGUUUGACCGAAACACGCAGAUGUCAUUCAUGGACUUUACGCUGAACAAUAUCCAGGAUUGGACCUGGAGCGAUUUGGGCGGUUUGUUGGGCAAUGAGGUUGUGUCUCAGGUCCCGGGACCAACAGAGCCUGGCUCAGGCCCGGGCUAGUCUUCAGUAGAGGAAAUAGAUUCGGAUCAAUUGAUACCCCGUUAUUACUUCGUUCAGUCCACCCGGCCUCCUCGUUCUAUCCAGACUAUGCCGAAAAGUGCCCCAGUAUGUCUAGGUGACCUGCAUACACUCUGCCAGCCCACCAACAUGCCCCCGCUUUGUUCACCGCUGGCCAUGCAUUUCAGCUCGGCAGCAACCGAGCCCUGGCCGUGGUAGCGAAACCCUGAUUUCCUUGCUGGCAGCUUCCUGUUGUGGCACGGCUCUUGCCAUAGCUGGGGCUGUG